UCCCGAAGCGAGAGCCUCACACUCACAGCCACAAUGGCAGAAGAUGCUGAUAUGCGCAAUGAGCUAGAAGAAAUGCAGCAGCGGGCUGAUCAGAUGACUGAUGAGUCCCUCGAAAGCACCCGUCGUAUGCUGCAGCUUGUUGAAGAGAGCAAGGAUGCUGGUAUCAGGACCUUGGUUAUGUUGGAUGAGCAAGGAGAACAACUGGAACGCAUCGAAGAGGGAAUGGACCAAAUCAAUAAGGACAUGAAAGAAGCAGAAAAGAAUUUGACGGACCUAGGAAAAUUCUGUGGCCUUUGUGCCUGUCCAUGUAACAAGCUUAAAUCAAGUGAUGCUUACAAAAAAGCCUGGGGCAACAAUCAAGAUGGAGUUGUAGCCAGCCAGCCUGCCCGGGUGGUGGAUGAACGAGAACAGAUGGCCAUCAGUGGUGGAUUUAUCCGCAGGGUAACAAAUGAUGCUCGAGAAGGUGAGAUGGAUGAAAACCUGGAACAGGUCGGCGGCAUCAUUGGAAACCUCCGUCACAUGGCUCUAGAUAUGGGCAAUGAGAUUGAUACACAGAACCGCCAAAUGGACAGGAUCAUGGAGAAGGUAAGAGAUGAGCUCUCCUUGGCAUCCACAUUCAAAGUUGGUCCAGAUGCUUUCCGGUUCAAAACCGUUCAUAAAAUAUUUUUAUGA